CUUGCAUAUUUGUUAUCGUUUGACAUCGAUUGAAGGGAAAAAUAAAAAAUGGCGCUAAAAAGGGAAAAUAUUUUCAAAGAUGUUAUAUUUUUCUUUCGCCCUUGUGCCGCUAGAAGUAAAGUGCAGCCAAUAAUAGAGGAAAAUGGUGGGAAAGUUACAGCCAGAAUGACCUUAAAUGCAAUCAAACUUGCCAAUGAUGAUGAUUAUUUAGUGUCAGAUGAUUAUUUCUCAGUGAGAUACAUUGAGGAUUGUGUGAAAGCUAACGAGAUGCUUGACAAAGAAAAGUACAGGUUGGAGACCAGGAGGGUGGUUAUUCGGAAUGCCAGCGAUGAUCAGGUCAGCGACAUCUCAUUUGAUGAAGAGCAACCACAAAGAUUGCGAGCAAGUAGUAAAUACUUACAAGGGAGAAAGAUGUACACCUAUGCUGAUGACAUGGCCAUACUUAACUACAUCAUAAGUAAUGAUUAUCACGAUAAAGUGGCUGGAAACACGGUGUGGAAGGAAAUGGAAGAUUUACAGAUUACGAAACACUCUGCCUCCUCCAUGAAUACGCGUUACAGGAAAAUAAUCAAGCAUAAUCUGAAUCUAUAUACCAUCCCAGUCACCCACAAGAAGAAACUGAAUCUGGACUAUCUGGCAACAUCUGAUGAUAGAUUACAAUGAUAUUUUACAGCAACAUCUGAUGAUAGAUUACAAUGAUAUUU